GGCCCGCCCCCUUGUUCCCCACUUCCUGGUUGUGUGUUUACGGAACCAUGCGCUCUGUAGUGGGGUUAGUUUGUGUUAUUUUACUUUCUACAUUAUAUCUGUAUUGUCUGACCUUUUAUCUGCCCCCUGUACCACGGGGCAUGAAACACAGCCAUGUGGGAGCGAGCAGUGACCAGCAGGAGGUGGACAUGAUCAGCAUUUGGCAGAUUAUCCAGAGUGACUUCCAGAAGAACGAAGGAGAUCCCAUCCCUAAUAUCUCCUGAUGUGUGUCAGGUUGAAGUUCCCAUCAGAUCUGCAGGAAUUAAACCAAAUGGCCGGGUUGUUACGGUUGUAUAAGAAGGAACACAGUGGCUUUGUCCUGCUCUUGUUCUCCAGCGCUUAUCUGUACAAACAGGCGUUCGCUAUCCCAGGAUCAUCACUACUGAACAUCCUGGCGGGGGCGCUGUUUGGACCGUGGCUGGGUCUUGUUCUGUGCUCUGUUCUCACCACUGUUGGAGCCUCAAUGUGUUUCCUGCUCUCUCACUUCUUCGGCAAGCAGCACAUUGUACGGAUAUUCCCUGACAGAGUCGCUCAGCUGCAGACAAAGGUGGAGGAGAACCAGAGCAGUUUGUUCUUCUUCCUAUUGUUCCUGCGUUUGUUCCCCGUUAGUCCAAACUGGUUCCUCAACAUGAGUUCUCCGAUCAUCAACAUCCCCCUCACUCACUUCUCCCUCUCCGUUUUCAUCGGUCUGAUACCGUAUAACCUGGUGUGUGUACAGACGGGCGUGGUCCUGUCUGAUCUGUCAUCUCUGGAUGACGUGUUGUCAUGGAACGUGGUGCUGAAGCUGCUGCUCAUUGCCUGUGCGGCCCUGCUGCCAGCCGCAUUAAUCCGUCGUUAUAGAAACACAUACACACUCCUGGAGCACAAAGAUCAAUGAUAUUUGUGUGUGUGUGUGUGUGUGUGUGUGUGUGUGUGUGUGUGUGUGUGUGUGUGUGUGUGUGUGUGUGUGUGUGUGUUUAUUGGAGAUACUAUAUUACAUUAUGUAUUUAGAUUGGUAUAAUUCUGUUAUUUUGUGUUCUGUGUGUUUAUAGAUGGAAUAUUAUUAUUUUUUUUUUAUUUCUUUUAAAUGUGAUCGCCUCCUGAUAAAAGGACCAAUAGAGACACUCAAAAUCAAUAAAAUCCUGUUCAUCAGUUGAAUGACAAGCAAAUGUUCAGUUUGUUUACAAAAUUAUACAUUAAAAUAUCUUUGUUGUGAA